GAUUGCUUUCUAACAUACUGCGAACGCCCGUUCACAGCCGCAAAGAUAUGGCCGAGCCCAAGUUGACACAAUUCAAGGCGUUGCUGUUCGACGUCUACGGGACGCUCGUGGAUUGGGAGACAGGGAUAUACGACCGACUCAAGCCGCUGCUCGAACGCGCGAACAAGCCGUGGUCAAAGAAGGAAGCGCUAACCGCGUUCUAUUCCGUAGAGAGAGACCUGCAAGCCCAGAACCCCGGCAUGCUUUACGCCGACCUCCUCGCCAAGGGGCACGCCGAGUUCGAGAGCAGGCUGAAGGGCGGAGGCUCCGCGGCGCCGGCGGUGACGACCGAGUCCGACCCGUCUACGUCUGCGUCCGGCUCACGGUCAGGGGACGGCAGCGCAGACGAAGACGCGGAGCACAUCGCGUUCGGCCAGUCGAUCAAAGACUGGCCGAUAUUCCCUGACACCAUUCCCGCCCUGUCCAUGCUCUCCGAGACGUACAAGCUCGUGGUCCUCUCCAACGUCGACCGGACGUCGUUUGCGCACACGAGGGCGGCGCUGGAGGGCCCCGGGCAUUUCACUUUCGACUUGGUGAUCACCGCGCAGGACGUCGGGUCGUACAAGCCGUCCCUGGCGAAUUUCGAGUAUGCGCUGAAGGAGAUCAAGGAGAAGUUCGGGAUCGACAAGGACGGCGUGCUGGUCGUGGCAAACAGUCUGGCGCACGACCAUGUCCCAGCCAACGCCUUGGGUAUCGCGAGCUGUUGGAUCGAGAGGCCUGGUGCAACUAUGGGCCAGGAUGCAAAGGCUCGCCAUGUAUUCGACUUUAAGACGUUGGGAGACAUGGCAGAUGCUGUCGCAAAGGAGAAAGCGAAGUCGUAG